AUGGACGGCCUUCUCAUCGACACAGAAGACAAGUAUACGAUCGUAACGAAUGAGAUUCUGCAAGAAUACGGCAGGCCCAGCAUGCCAUGGUCCGUCAAGGCUCAACUGCAAGGCAGACCUGGCCCAGAGGCAGGCAAGAUCUUCCACGACUGGGCCAAGCUCCCCAUAACGCCGGAGGAAUAUUCAACGAAACAAGUCGCUCUAGCUGAAAAAUACUUUCCCACGGCCAAGCCUCUGCCCGGUGUAGUCAAGCUAUUGAAUGAUCUUCACGCCACGGAGAAAUCCGACAAGCCGGUGUAUAUUGCCCUCGCCACGUCGUCUCACAAGAGGAACUACCACCUUAAGACAGAUCAUCUAAAUGAUCUUUUCUCUCUUUUCCCAGAGCCAAGGAGAGUUGUGGGCGAUGAUCCUCGAAUUGGAAAGGGACGUGGAAAGCCAUUGCCCGAUAUCUAUCUGCUUGCGUUAGAGACCAUCAAUGAAGAGCUUAAGACUAAAGGGGAGCAGGCCAUCAAACCGGAGGAAUGUCUGGUCUUUGAAGAUGCCGUUCCCGGUGUGGAGGCUGGUCGUCGGGCUGGGAUGCAGGUCGUCUGGUGUCCCCAUCCAGGCCUACUCACUUACUACAAGGGCCGAGAGGAGGAGGUUCUAGCGGGGCUUACUGGAGAACAUAAGGACGAAGAUAAAGUAGAUGCUGAGAAGGAAGCUGAAGCUCUGCAAGCAGAAAGAAUAUCGAGGGGUAAUCAUUCUGGAAAGCCUGGUAAACUGAAUGAUGGAUGGGGCCGCCUGGUAUCUACAUUGGAGGAUUUCCCGUAUGAGACGUACGGUAUAACAGUUCCUUCAUAA